GGACGAUAUUUCGGGUUUUGGUCACUCGGGUUACGGGUAGUUGGGUAACCCUGCAACCACCGGCUUUCUUCACAGCGCACAUUACCGGCGCAUUAUAGCCAAAGCCCCAUAAACAAUAAGCGCCAAAGCUCACUCGCACCCUAUUACUUCUCGGAGAUUAAGAAAAGAAAGCCAUAAAAUCCCCACUCUUCCUAUCUCUUCGAAACCCUAAAUCCCCGCAAUUCUAUAAGGUGUAGCAGAAUAAGAUGGAAAACAUGCAGUACAGUGAGGAGCUCGUGAGGGAGUUUCUUGUCUUCAGAGGAUUUACUAAUACUCUGCAAGCUUUUGAGGUUGAAUUAGGCACAGAUAUUGGUAAAGGGUUUCAAGUAGAUAAGAUUUUAGACUUAAUCUUCUCAGUAUACGUACCCAAAUUUCAGGCAGAAAAUUUAGUUGGUCUGUUGAGAUUUUUCAAGAAGUGCUUUUCUUCCUCGUCCGAAACUGUACUUGUUUCUACUUUGUCUAAAUUGGAGGUCUCUAUUUUACGAUACUACAUCGCUCAUGCCAUACAAUCAGGAAGAAGGGACAAAGUUGUAGAGUUGUUUGAGAUGAAUGGCAAUGAUUUGUUGCAGGGGGGAGAGGAUUGGAAUACAUGGUUUGCCAUUCCAUAUCUAAAGAACCCAAACUUGGAUCCUGAAUUUCGUAUCUAUUUCUCAAAAGAAUGGUACGAGGCAUUGCGUCUUUCUGUGAGGAACUUCUUUAGUGAGAUCUUCAACGGAACACGCCUCCCUGCUUUAUUAAAGAUCAGUUCAGAAAAGAAUACUACCAACCGUCUCAAAAAGGAUAUCAAGCAACUCAAUCUCAAGUUAUCACAACUUCAAGCUUUACUGGAGGAAAAAGAGGCUCAGUUAUGUCGGUUAAGGAUUCAUGAUUCAUCAACUUUGGAAGAAAGCACAGGACUAACUAACCGUUCAUCAAGUAUUGUUCAUGUGGAAGAUCCUCUUAUAUCGAGAGAUACUCAGGAAGCCUGUCCUCCUGCUACUCCACAAUUGGUUCAAAAAUCGCUGGAUCAAGAUUUUGUUGCUGGACCUUCCCAAGUUCAAUCAGAGCUUACCAUGUCGAAAUAUUUUCAUGAUUCAAAUGCUUCAACAAACCUUAAUGUGGGAGAUGGUGGAACAGGAGACACUAGUCAAAUUUGGCAAGAUGGCACCUGUUCUGAAAAUGGCAGGGAAUGUCACGUAGAAGAUGAAUUUCCUGAAGUUAAAGUAGACUUUCAGGAGACAUUUUUGGGCCACACAAGUCCAAUCAGCCGAUGCCGCUUUUCUGCAUCUGGGAACAAUAUAGCCAGUGCUUCUCUGGAUGGCACAGUAAGGAUAUGGACGUAUGACUCUUCAACUCCAGCAUCAAGAAAUGCAACAAUUUAUUGUGGGGCGGAGAUCAUGUCACUUGACUGGGAGUCUAAGUCUGACCGCUUGCUUCUCAUAGGCACUGCUGAUGGAGGCAUUAAAGCAUGGAAUGUUGAUGCAAAGAGGGUUGUCUGUGAUCUGAGCACAACUGAAGCAUUUCCGAGUGUCUUGGAUCUGAAGUGCAGCCCUGUAGAACCAAUUUUUGUUUCUGCGGCAGCAUCCAGAGGGCAUGGCUCAAGUUAUAUUGACAAAUUGGGGUUUGCUUCGUUAACCGUAUGGAACAUGAAAACGUGGAAGGCUGUGACAGUCCUUCCACUUGGUAAAGAUCCACCUGCAAUUACUUCCCUAUGCUUCAAUCACAAUGGGAAGAUUUUAGCAGCUUCUGCUACCGAUGGAAUGAUUCACAUGUUUGACAUGGCUGCUGGUCUGCAAAUUACUGGGUGGCCUGCUCAUGAUUCUGCUAUAAGCUCUAUUCUUUUUGGGCCUGAUGAGACAAGCAUUUUUAGCUUGGGUUCAGAUGGAAAGAUUUUCGAAUGGAGCUUGCAAAAUCAAGGUCAUGUACUUUGGUCAAGGAACUGUAGUAGGUUUUGUGACCCUGAGAGCUCAAAAAUUUACAGACAUGAAAUGGCUUUAGAUGCUAAUGGGAGGAGACUAUUGGUGACAUCUGGUUCAGUAAGAGCACCCAUAUAUCAGGUUCGUGGUCAUAGAAAUGGGUUGAGAACUCUUCCACAUAGUGCUGCUAUAACAACUGUUGAUUGGCAUCCUACUUUGCCCAUUUUCAUGACUGGAUCAGCUGAUAACUCGGUUCGAGUAACGUCUAUUUUAUAAAGGCCUCACUUAAGUGUCUUUAUUCUUGGUCUGUUGGAGGGUUGAAGUGAACUAAGUUUUCUUAGUUGGUUUGACACUAGUUUUACUUUGGCGUGCAUUCUGAGCAGGUUUUGUUGAAUGGAUCUUGUAAUUCAUUGAAUAGGUUAUUUAUAAUGCAUUAACCAUUCAUUCA